GAAAUGCUCUUCAUCACCUUUUCUGAUCUUGUAUCAGCAGAUUAAGCUGUUCUAACUUGUACUUCGUAUCCGAGCUCAUGGAGAUGUUACGUCCACAUUAUGGAAUCGGAUUUGACAAGAUCCGACGUUGUUCCGAUCCGUUUUUGCGUCACCAACGGUUAGCAAGCAAGGAACAGAUGCCAAAAGAGAAACCAGCGGCGAUGCGAUGGCCGGCCUCCCCGCCUCCUUCUCCUCCCACCACCCUCCUGAAAAUAGGCAAAGAGGAAAGUUUGCUGUUAUCUUCCCUGUAUCCCGUUAGGAAAAGGAGGUGGGGAGCCCUCUCGGCAGUUCUGCGCUUCUCCCCUCUUUCUGGAAUCCCUCCAUCAGGCCCAUCUUUUUCAUCUCCCCGCCUAAUCCUAUCUGCUUCCUCAACAUUUUCUACAAGAAUAAAAAUAAAAACAAAAAAGUUAGAACUGUCGGUGUUUGUAGCAUAAGAGAUAAAAGAGAGAAGAAAUUUAGAGACGGGUACAAAUUCAAGGUGGUGGAAAUGUUCAAAUCUCUAAAUUGACAAUUUAGAGAGGUGGCCAAACUCCAAAGUGGGGGUUUUCUGAAAGAGAGGUAAGGGAAGGUGCGGUACGUCUGUGUCGUACAGAAGAAAGCCCUGCCCUAGUGGCACCAAAUUGCAACUUUUGCAAAAUUUUGAAUUAGUAGGGAGAAGCCACAGGACCAGCAUGAAAUCUUGGCAAGAAAGUAGAUUGCAGGAGAAGAAUCUCUGCCUUAUGGCGUCUCCCCUAUCUCCUUUCCGCAUUUUCAUCAUCUUAUAAGGAAAAGGUGAGGGAUAGAUAAAAAUGGCACCUGGGCUAAGCACAUUGGAGGGAUUAAGGACUCCAUCGUUCUCCUCUCACUGGGUGAACAGUGGCAGGUUGGAUGGAAAAGCAACCGUGUCCAGUGGGUGGGCAGGAAGUGCGCAUUUGAUUGCAAAGCUAAAGGAGACGGUGCAUCGUUUUCGGGCCACACUCGACCUUCCUCCAUGUAACGAAUCUGUUUCCCUGGACGAGUUGCUUAGGCGUUCAUUUGAUGAUCUACAGAGGCUGCACCCCAGGCAUGUCUCAUGCGCUCCCAUUGACAAAACUGCUUCAAUUUAUCAGAUCUUGCACCAUUUUUAUCAAACUCUUGGAGGGGUCCAACAAUCGUGGGCAGUGAACUACAAAGCUGUAAAAAUUGAACAAAAUCGUGUUCAAAUGGAAGAGGACCUCACCUUGGACCAACUGAGUGAAAUGAUUUUGGAGAGGUUAGGACGCAUGAUUAAGGAGGCAAAGGUCAUCUUUGAUCUUGUGGAGGAAGAUGAUGAAAACAAUGCUAAACACCAAGAGGCCAGAUUUGAUGACCUUUUAAAGGGAGAUGAUGACAAAAGUUCUUCAGAAGACAAGGGCUUCCGCGAGCGACCACUCACUCCAACUUCGGUUCUACCACAGACACCACAAACCUCUCUGAGAUUCCAUGCUGAGGAUAUUGUUACAUACUCACCUCCAUUGCUUUGGCCUCUAAGACUUCAAGCAGUAGGCAAGCUGAAGCCCAUGGAUGUGAAGCGCCUCUCUUUCCACAUGUUUCCUCAUACACCUCCUGAGGCCCGUCCUGGGAUCCUCCAUGGCUCGAGCAGCGAAAGCGACAACGCAAAACUGCAGGUCGAAGUAGCCAAUAGUUCCAGCAGUCUAGUAGCUCCCUCUUCCAUAAAACAGCCCAUGGACUUGAAGACCGCACUGAAAGACACAAGUCAAAUUGUGCCUAAAGAUGAUACCAGUGGCACUACAAAUGAUCCCUCUAGGAUGUCUGGUGUCAUACGCAGCCCUACAAAAUCAUUUGUGAACAAUGCCAAUCCGAAAGAGAUCAUGAAUGAUAACAGCUCUGGCAGCGAUGCCAUGUCUGAACUUGGUUCCCAUGCUGCAAUGAACAAGGUCAAUGAAUGUCAACGUAGUGGUGAUGGUACCACAUUUUUGAACAAGAGCGAUAUAGUUAGCUUUAGUAGUGAAGCCUUUUCAAAGGGCAGCAUUCCUACGCCGGCUUCCAAACCUGUAUUCGUAUCUCCUCCACAUUUGAAGCCUAUAUCUCUUCGUCCUCUUAAUCCUGCAGUGUCGGAUCCUGUGGCUAUUAGUUCUUCUCCUCCUACAGCUGCGACACCAAUGUCCAUACCGAGUCUCCUUCCUGCACCUCCAACUCCUGUAUCUAUUCAUGCUCCUCCUCCAACACCUGUGAAACCGAUUUCUAUACAUCAUUUUCUCUCACAAACUUUGGAGAGUCUGUGUACCAGUUCUGCACCACCUACUCCUGUGACUCCCUCCGCUGCAUAUUCUACUAUGUCUCCAUCUUUGCAGCCUAUAUCUGUUCUUCCUCCUCCUCCUCCUCCUCCUCCUCCCCUUUUGCAUCUGAAGCCCAUAUCUGCGCAUCAUCCUCCUCCACCACCACCAUUAAAUCCAGCAACAUCAAAGGUAGAGAAAGAGGCCCUUAGUAAGAAUAAUAGCAGCACUAACCUUUCAGAUCCAAGCCCACCUCAGCCACCAACUCCACCCCCAUUAGUGUCACCGAAAAGUUCUGCUCCUCCUCCUCCUCCACCACCACCACCACCAAUGCUCCUAAAAGGCGGUUCUGCUGCUCCACUACCACCAACGCAGCUUAAAGGCGGUUCUGCUCCUCCACCCCCACCAAUGCCGCCAAAACUUGGCAUUGCUCCUCCACCUCCACCACUUCUGCCAAGAGGUGCAGCUGCUCCUCCACCUCCACCUCCUUUAGGUGUGACGAGAGCCUUGCGCCCAAAGAAAGCAAACACCAAGCUGAAGAGAUCAACACAAAUUGGCAAUCUUUAUAGGCUUCUGAAGGGGAAACUUGAAGGCGGAACUCCAGAAGGCAAAUCUCCACGUAAGUCUCAAGGUGGUAGCAGCAGUGAGAACCAGAAGCAGGGGAUGGCCGAUGCACUUGCUGAGAUGACAAAAAGGUCAGCCUAUUUUCGCCAGAUUGAAGAAGAUGUACAGAAGCAUGCAACGGCAAUAAGAGAAAUGAAAUCAGCCAUCGACUCGUUUAAAACAAAGGACAUGGCUGAGUUAUUAAAGUUUCAUCAACACGUUGAACUUCAUCUUGAAGUACUAACGGACGAGACACAGGUGUUAUCAAAGUUUGAAGGUUUUCCAACUAAGAAGCUUGAGACUUUAAGAACCGCGUCUGCACUUUAUACAAGACUAGAUGCAAUUGUCAAAAACUUAGAGGGCUGGAAACUUGUUUCACCACUAUCACAGCAACUCAACAGGAUCGAAAGUUAUUUUGAUAAGAUCAAAGUGGAAGUUGAUUCACUGGACAGAACAAAGGAUGAUGAAUCAAAACGUUUUCAGAGUCAUCAAAUUACCUUUGACUUCAACGUUCUUGUGAAAAUCAAGGAAGCCAUGGUGGAUCUCUCCUCAAAUUGCAUAGAAAUGGCACUAAAGGAAAGCAAAGAAGCAAAAACUGCAAUUAAUGGUGAAAACAGUGCCAAAGCCAAUGGCCGGCGGAAGUCAUGCUCUCAGCUGCUUUGGAGAGCAUUUCAGUUAGCCUUUAGGGUGUAUCACUUUGCUGGUGGGCAAGAUGAUAGGGCAGAGCAAUUGACUGCAGAAUUGGCAAAAGAAAUAGAAAGUUAUCCUCUUGAAUAAUGCAGUUUGUGCUCCAGAUCCGCAAUAUCUUCUAAAGUCAUGUAUCUUAUUAGUACACAUCAUGCUAUAUAGAAAUUUUGGUGUCUACAGAGUCAAGUAAGCAUAGAGCGCCCCUUUACUGGUGCUAUGGUUUAUAACAAGUACAGGUAUUGGCUCUUCGAUCUGCUGUAAAUAAAGCAAGACAUUUUUUGCUGCAGGGCUAUAUGUAGAUGGAAACAGCCUUCUAGUUUGGUACAUUAAACAUUCUGGGUUAUUGAAGCGUUGAAGUUGAGUUGGCUUUCCA